CUCUCUGUGCAUCGUAACCAACUUUUAAAUGAGUCCGUCUGCUAAUGCAGCUUGCCUCUGCUGUGUUAUGGUGCUCGUGUAGAAUUACACUAAAAUAAUCUCAUGCUGAGAAUGUUAACAGCGGUCUUACUUUAGAAUGUCUUCAUUUCUAAAGCCUGUGCUUUACAGCUACUUCAGGAGUUCCUGCUCAUGGAGAGUAAGGAUAGCUCUAGCCCUGAAAGGAAUUGAGUAUGAUCAGGCUCCAGUCAACCUUAUUAAAGAUGGAGGACAGCAGUUGUCAGAUGAUUAUGGAACACUGAACCCCAUGCGACAGGUUCCAGCUAUCACCAUCGAUGGGAUCACCCUCUCACAGUCGCUUGCAAUAAUACAAUACCUGGAUGAAACAAGACCCACUCCAAGACUGUUGCCAGAUGACCCAAAGAAACGAGCCCAAGUGAGGAUGAUCUCUGAUGUCAUUGCUGCUGGGAUACAGCCUUUGCAGGUAAAUAAUUUAGCUGUCCUUCAGAAAGUAGGAGAUGACAAGAAACUGGAAUGGGCUCAGCAUUUUAUCAUCAAAGGCUUUAACGCUCUAGAGAAAAUUCUACAGCAAACAGCAGGCCAGUAUUGUGUUGGAGAUGAGAUUUCUAUGGCUGAUCUGUGUUUGGUCCCUCAGGUUUACAAUGCUGAGAGGUUUAAGGUAGACCUGAAACCGUACCCCACCAUCACUAGGAUCAACAUAACUUUGAUUGAACUUGAUGCAUUUAAAGUGAGCCACCCUUCUUACCAGCCAGACACCCCACCAGGACUAUGAAUGGCAGAUGAGCAAACUGCAGAAGUGAAAAAAUGUCAACAACAGUAACAUUUCUACUAUAUGUGCUGUUAGCUGUGUCUGGGGUUAAUAUCACGUGAACAGAGUUGUUCACUCAAAGAACACGGACAUUUGAUUUAAAACUACAAAUUGUAACACAAGACACUUCAAGCAACUAUGCAUGCAUUGUGUGUGUAUAUGUGCUCUUUGUGCAUUCUUUCAAAUUUCCUAUAAUUAAUGGUGUUUCAUGUGGGCACUAGAACAAACAGUAAACAAAUGUGACCUCACACCAGACUACGAUGAAAGAUGGAUACGAGUAAGUAAGCUACCCAGUGAACAAUUAAAUAUGCCUGUCUGGUUCACGUUCGAGUUGCAAUAGGCACUUGCUGUUUGUAUUAACUAAGCUGAUGUGUUGCUUUAAACAAGUUUAUGUCACCAAAUUUGAUACUAACCCGAUAAAAAAUGAGCAUUUGUUAAAUUCUUUUCGAAGAAUUCUAUCGCUAUUUUAAAAAGAUGAAAGCAGUUACGUAAGUGUGUCUCUGUUUUUAUCAUAUAAGUUGAUAAAAAAUGAGCAUUUGUUAAAUUCUUUCCGAAGAAUUCUAUCGCUAUUUUAAAAAGAUGAAAGCAGUUACGUAAGUGUGUCUCUGUUUUUAUCAUAUAAGUUGAAAAUGUUCUAUUCACCUUGUUUAUAUGGUCACAGCAAAUGCUAUUGGUGUGCCACAAAGCAGAAUGUACUCUUCCUGAGUGUAGUUAAAAAAUGAUGAAAGUAGUUAUUCUGAUCAUGACCCUCUAAUAUUUAUGCCUGCUAUUCCUGUAAUUUCAGUGUUAAUGAAUGCACAGUUCAAAGUCACACACCAAUUGCUUUAGGGUGUUUUUCUCACAGCUAAUAUGGGUUAGUGCACUUAUUUUCAUUGGAUAAACAUUGUAAUUAUUCUUUUAACACUCACAAAUAUAUAAUUUACAGAAACCA